AUGGAUGUUAAGAAUGCAUUCUUACAAGGAGAACUUGAAGAUGAAGUUUACAUGAGACCUCCACCAGGCUUAGAAGACACCAUUGGUCCAGGAAAAGUAUUCAAGCUCAACAAGGCUAUCUAUGGUCUCAAACAGUCUCCAAGAGCGUGGUACCAUAAGUUAAGCACCACCUUACUUAAGAGAGGAUUUCGCAUAUCGGAGGCUGACCAUACUCUAUUCACAUUGCCAAGCGAAAAAGGUAUUGUAGUCAUUCUCGUCUAUGUUGAUGAUAUUAUCAUCACAGGGAAUGACAAGGCGAGCCAGCACAUGCAAAGUCCGACCAUACACCACUGGAACAUGGUGAACCGGAUACUCAAAUACAUCAAGAGCUCACCGGGACAAGGCAUUUGGAUGGGACGCAAUGAGAGUACUGAACUUGUGGGAUAUUGCGAUGCUGGCUAUGCUGGAGAUCGUGAAGACCGUCGUUCAACCACGGGCUACUGCACGUUCCUUGGAGGAAACCUAGUCACAUGGAAAAGUAAGAAACAAAAGGUGGUCUCACUAUCAAGCGUUGAAGCCGAGUAUAGGACCAUGAGAAAACUCACUACUGAACUAAUGUGGCCAAAGCUCUACUAA